AUGCCUUCAUUCAUUAAAAGUGCAUUCCCUGCAGCUGUAACUCUCUUUAAAAAGAACAGUAUUGUAACACAUCUUAAAAAAAGAAAUCUAUCAAAUGGUGUGUUUUGUGUCCAUUCUGAAAUAAGUGAAGCAAUAUCUGUGGGUAAGCCAGUUGUGGCAUUAGAAAGCACCAUCAUUACACAUGGGAUGCCAUAUCCACACAAUCUAAGGACAGCACUGUUGGUAGAAUCCGUAGUGAGAGAAAAUCAUUGUGUUCCUGCCACCAUUGCCGUGUUACAUGGAAAAAUACAUAUCGGUUUGACAGAAACACAGUUAGAAACACUAUCCACAUAUGAUAAUUGUGUUAAAGUUUCCAGAAGGGAUUUAUCACUGGUAUUAUCAAAGGGCUUAAUGGGAGGAACCACAGUGUCCGGUACCAUGGUUGCUGCUCACAAGUUUGGGAUUCAUGUAUUUGUCACAGGGGGUAUAGGUGGUGUGCAUAGAGGGGCAGAAUCAACGAUGGACAUUAGUGCUGAUUUGAUUGAACUUGGACGAACACCUAUGGCUGUUGUUUCAGCUGGUAUUAAAUCAAUACUGGAUAUUGGGAAAACACUGGAGUAUUUGGAGACUGAAGGAGUAACUGUUGCAGCAUAUGGAAAGAACAAAGAAUUUCCAGCGUUUUUUACACCAAAUAGUGGAUACACAGUACCAUAUAAUUUAAAAACACCACAAGAAGCAGCAAAAAUGAUAGAACGUAAUCUUAGCCUUGGUUUGAACAGUGGAAUGUUAAUUGGAGUGCCUAUACCAAAACAAGAUUCUGAUUUAGGAGAACUGAUAGAUGCCGCAAUUCAACAAUCGGUUGAAGAGGCACAAAAGAAUGGUAUUGUAGGAAAGGAGGUGACACCAUUCAUACUGGAAAGGGUGAAUGAACUUACUGAGGGCAAAUCCUUGGAUGCAAAUAUUGCACUGAUCAGAAAUAAUGCAAAAGUUGGAAGUCAUAUUGCAUAUGAACUUUCUAAACUCAUGAAAACAAAUGGAAAAGAUAAUAAUAGAAAUAAGGAUGAUAACAAAAAAUUGUAUAAGAGAUACUCUGAUAUUAAGCCUAGGCCAAUCGUUUUUGGUGCCAGUAUUGUUGACUUUAUGUCUACAAUUACCAAGAAAAACAUCAUGUAUCAUGGGGGCACUAAUCCAGGAAAGUUGAAGCAAUGUUACGGUGGUGUUGGAAGAAAUCUUGCAGAUUGUCUGAGUCGCCUAGAUGCGAACCCAAUAUUUGUUUCAGCCAUUGGAGAUGACAACCAUGCUUCCAACUUGUUGAACUAUUGCCAACACAUUGAUACAGGUUACAUUCAACAGUUACCAGGGGAACAAACUGCUACAUAUUGUUUAGUUUUAAACCAUACUGGAGAGGUAGUGCUCGGUAUAGGUGACAUGGAAGUGAAUGCUGCAAUGACUCCUAACUUAAUAUCAAAGUUUGAAAAGGAAAUUUCACAAGCACCUUUGGUUUGUAUGGAUGCCAAUCUUCCAGUCGAUGCUAUUAAUUAUAUCUGUGAAUUAUCGGAUUAUUAUAAAGUGCCUGUUUGGUUUGAGCCAACCUGUGUGGUAAAGUGUAAGAAACCCUUCAAUUCUGAUUCAUGGAAGUCAUUAACGUAUAUAUCACCAAAUGUUAAUGAACUUGGCAGUAUAACUGAAUUACUUGAUGGUAACUUAAAAGAUAUUCAAACAGAUUACAAAGUUACAGAUCUGCUUCCUCUUUGUGACCAGUUAUUACAUCACAUCAGUUGUGUGAUAGUAACACUUGGUAAAGAUGGUGUCUUAGUAUGUAGAAAUACACAUGCCCAUCAGCCUCUUCCAAGUGGUAAAAAAACAAAGGGAACAAAAAAGGGACUUGUUUCUGCUGUACAUUUUACUGCAACUGAUAGUGAAAAUAUAGUUAGCGUUUCAGGAGCUGGUGAUUGCUUGGCAUCAUUCAUUAUUCAUGGUGCAAUACAAGGUUUUCCACCAAAUAUAUGCAUAGAAGGAGGACUGAAAGCAGCCUCGUAUUCUCUUUUAUCCCACCAUGCUGUACCUCCAACCAUUACACCAGAGCAGUUCACUCAAGAUGAAAUUUCAAAGUGGAGUAAAGAACAAAGCAUCAAACAAACAAUCUUAUCCAGAUGA